UUUAAAUCUCGUGUCUCGUCGUCGUUGUUAAUUGUUGUUAUUGUUAUUAUUGUUGUUGUGUUGUUAUUAUUGUCACAGAAUUUCCUUUAUUCAUUAGUAUCUUGUUAAUUUCAAGUUACGAUAUACAAAAUGGAGAAGAAACGCAUCUGCAUCAUUGGUUCUGGAAAUUGGGGAUCGGCCAUUGCUAAGAUUGUUGGCGCCAAUGCCAAAACGCAAGAUAAAUUUGAAAACCGCGUUACUAUGUACGUCUACGAGGAAUUAAUAAAUGGAAAAAAACUGACUGAAAUAAUCAAUGAAACACACGAGAAUGUUAAAUACCUUCCUGGCCAUCGAAUUCCGGAAAAUGUCAUUGCAGUUCCUGAUGUUGUCGAGGCUGCAAAGGAUGCUGAUAUUCUUAUUUUUGUGGUGCCACAUCAAUUUAUUCCAAGAAUAUGUAGCACACUUCUUGGAAAUAUUAAACCUACAGCCAUUGGUCUUUCCCUAGUAAAAGGUUUUGACAAAAAAGAAGGCGGAGGUAUAGAAUUAAUCUCACAUAUUAUUUCUAAAGAAUUACACAUUCCUGUGUCUGUAUUAAUGGGAGCAAAUUUAGCAUCUGAGGUAGCAGAAGAAAUGUUUUGCGAAACCACCAUAGGAUGUAAGGACAAAGAAAUGGCUCCAAUUCUUCGAGAUUUAAUUCAAACGUCGUAUUUUAGAGUUGUUGUAGUAGAAGAUGUUGAUUCAGUCGAAUGCUGUGGUGCAUUGAAGAACAUUGUCGCUUGCGGUGCUGGUUUUGUCGAUGGAUUAGGUUUAGGUGAUAAUACAAAAGCUGCUGUUAUUCGUCUGGGAUUAAAGGAAAUGAUUAAAUUUGUUGAUGUCUUUUAUCCCGGUGGAAAAUUGUCGACAUUCCUUGAAAGUUGCGGCGUAGCUGAUCUUAUUACAACAUGUUAUGGUGGAAGAAAUCGUAAGGUGUCAGAAGCUUUUGUAAAAACUGGAAAGACUAUUGAGGAAUUAGAGAAGGAAAUGCUUAAUGGACAAAAAUUGCAAGGACCAUUUACUGCGGAAGAAGUUAAUUAUAUGUUAAAAUCUAAAAAUAUGGAAAAUAAAUUUCCUCUCUUCACUGCAGUCCAUCAUAUUUGCAUCGGUCAGUUAAAAGCUGCUGAUCUGAUCGAUUGUAUACGCAAUCAUCCGGAACACAUGUAAGCGUUCAAUAGUCACAAUUAAAGUUAGAGGUGGAUUAGAUUGAAAUACAAUGAUAGUCGUUCAAUAAGUUUAGACUUGGGCAUGCAAUGUUAAUUCUUACAUUCAUUUUAUUUAGUAUGUUGAUUUUGUAUUUCUAUCAAAAGUAAUAUUAACAUUUAAACAAUAUGGAGACGCCAAUAGUUAAUAAUUAUCUUAAUAUUUGUGCUUUUCUUGAAAUUACUAGUAUAUAUGUAUUUAUAUACAUAUAGUAAAAUCGUUAAAAAAAAACAACAUUUCAUUAAAUUAAAUAUUAUGUACACUUAAUCCGUCUCUAACGUUAUAAUUAUUUUAAUUUUCUGCAAUCUAUUCUCUGACUUUAUUAGACUUAACUUACUGGUGAAACGUAAAUGAGAGAAGAUCUGUUGAUAAUAAGAACAUUUUGGCCAAUAGUAUGUAUAAAUCAAUUUACACAAAUAUGUACAUAUAUGUAUGUAUAUAUAUAUAUAUAUGUAUAUUUAGAAAAAUCAUAAGUACUCGUUUAACGUACCAAAUAAGGAAAGCAGGCCUUUCAUUAUUUUUUUCUUUAUUUGUCGUAACCAACAGAACUUCUCAAAAUAAUGGUUUCUUAUUUUAAUGAAUCUUCAAUAACUAA